AUGAAGCUCGUCCGCUUUUUGAUGAAAUGCGCCAAUGAGACGGUGACCGUCGAGUUGAAGAAUGGCACCAUCCUUCACGGCACCAUUGUGUCUGUCUCUCCUCAGAUGAACACCACUCUCCGGGCUGUCAAGAUGACCCCCAAGGGCCGCGACCCCGUUUCUCUCGACACCAUCAACAUCCGCGGUUCCACAAUCCGCUAUUACAUCCUCCCCGACAGUCUUCCCCUCGAUACCCUCCUCGUUGACGACGCGCCCAAGCCGAAAAACAAGGCGCGCAAGGAGACAGACCGUGGUCGCGGUGGUGGCCGUGGUGGACCACGAGGCCGUGGAGGACGCGGAGGUCCCCCCGCGGUCGUGGUCGCGGACGUGGAUUCUAGAUUUUCUGUUUUCUUCUGA